AUGGCCUCAACCAUUGGACCAGCUGAAAACAAGAUUACUUCCUGUACGGAAGAUUCCACUGCAAUGACUAUUGAAUUCCUGCGGGCAAGAUUGCUUUCUGAAAGGUCCAUAUCAAGAAGUGCUAGACAGAGAGCCGAUGAACUGGCAAAAAAGGCAUGUAAAGUUUACGUCGUGGAAUUGGAGGAACAACUGAGGAUGGUGAUUCUUCAGAGGAAGAUGGCAGAGAAGGCCACUGCUGAUGUUCUUGCCAUUUUGGAGAAUCAAGGGAUAAGUGGUAUAUCUGAAGAAUUUGAUUCAGGCUCAGAUCUUGAAAAUCCUUUUGAUUCUAGUAUGAGUAAUGAGUGUGCAAAAGAGGGGGAGGGGCCUAUGAACUCAAAAGGAAGACAGCAUGGGUCAGAUGAAAUGUCUGGUUCCAAUGUAGAUUCUUCACUAGUAUCCAGUAAAAGUUUGUCAUGGAAAGGACGCCAUAACUUGUCCCAUUCUCUUGAAAAGUACAAGACCAACACUUCUAAUUUGAGGAGGCAAAGCAGUUUCUCAUCUUUCAGUUCUUCACCAAAGCAUCGUCUAGGAAAGUCAUGUCGCAAGAUAAAACAUAGACAGCCCAGGUCAGUAAUGGAGGAAUCUAGAGACAAAUUUGCUCAAGUUAACUGCCAACAAAAGGAACUUUUAUCAUCUUCUGAAGGAUUUCCAAAUUUCUCAGAUGGUGGGUCUAACAUCCUGAAAAUAGAAUCUAAAAUUCAAGAACUGGAUGGAUCAGAGGCAAACCAACUUGACAAAAAUCAUCACAUAGAUGGGUAUGGAAGAGAGAAGGACAUGGAAAAGGCUCUUGAACACCAAGCCCAACUUAUUGACCAAUAUGAAGCAAUGGAAAAGGCUCAAAGAGAAUGGGAGGAGAAAUUUAGAGAGAAUAACAGCACAACACCAGAUUCAUGUGAUCCGGGGAAUCACUCAGAUAUGACUGAGGAUAAAGAUGAAGGCAAGGCUCAGAUUCCAUAUGUUGCUAAGGUGGACCCCUCAAAUGCUGAAGAGUGUAAAGGAGAACCCAGAGGUGUCUGUUUAUCUGAAGAAAAAUUCAAAGCUGAGGGCCGAGAAAUUAUGCCAAGAACACAUGAUGACACAGGUUACAGCAACCAGAACAGUACAACUUUUAUCACUUCUGAUUUGCUUGGUCAAGAAAAUUCACAUUCCCCACUGAAGGAAAACCAAAAUGAGAGCUUGGUAAAUGGCCACUUUCAGUCUCCUGAUAUGAACCAUCAAGAUCCAGGUAGGCAUAGUUACUCUGAUUCCAGGCCUUCUUGUUCCUUUCCAACUGAUACUCAUGGUGUCCAGCACCAAAAUGAUGCUUCAAGAAACGAAAAGGAUCUCUAUGCAUUAGUUACUCGUGAACAAUCUCACAAGUUCAAUGGUGUUCUUGAAUCUCUUAAACAAGCUAGAAUAUCGCUACAACAGGAACUCAAUAGGUUGCCAGUGGUAGAGGGUGGGUACACUGCUAAACCAUCACCUUCUGUUAGUAAAAGUGAGGAUAGAUUUGAAAUUCCUAUUGGGUGUUCUGGUCUCUUCAGACUACCAACAGAUCUUUCUGAUGGAGCAACUGCUAGUUUGAAUGUCCGUGAUCCAACUACUGGAUUUGGUUCAAACUUUCAUCUUGAUAGAGCCAUGUCUGGAACUUCUGAUGGUCAGUCUUUCAUCAAUCCUCCUUACUCUGGCUCAACGUUGAGCUUGUGUGCUGAUGAUCAAGCUCUUGCCACCCGAUACUUGGAAAAUGGGUCAAGAUUUAGUUCUCAUAAGUCCCCUUUUGAUCCUUUCUCUAAUGGCGGUCCACUCUCUUCCAGUAAAUACUCGUAUCCCACGUUUCCCAUCAAUCCGUCCUAUCAAAAUGCAACCCCACAGAUGCCAUUUGGUAGUGAAGUUUCAAGACCCUAUUCAAAUAGCACAUUGUGUUGGGAAGAGAUUUUGUAUGACAUUCUUCCAUUCAUCUGGACUGUGUUUUUUACUUCAAUCGCCGCAUAG